AUGGCUAGAAAAUUGCCCUUCCUGAUGUUAAUUUUACUUCAGCUCGCACUGCUCCCUCAUUCCCAAUGCCUGAAUUCAGAAUCAGCAGGUUUCAGCUUAAGGCUCACUCGAAGAGAUUUGCCCGACUCCAAUUCCUUCCAUCAGAGAUUAGAAUCAACUGGUCAUUUCCCGGAUGUGAUCCGUCCACGGAUCACCCGAGCAGAUUACAUAUUCACCAUUGAUGCAGGCAUCGGCACGCCUAGCAGCCAAAAGCCCUUCAUUUUCGAUCUAGGCAGCGAGUUAACCUGGACGCAGUGCACGCCUUGCGUUAACUGUUUUCAACAAAAUUAUCCCCUCUUUGAUCCCAAAAGGUCCAGAACCUAUAGAAAACUUCCUCGAAAUCACCCCUUAACCAGAUGGACCACAUCCUUUGCCCGUUACAACAACGGAGCUUUCACGUUCAACAUUGCGUAUGGCAGCGGGCAAACGUCGACAGGCAUUGUCUCAAUCGAAACUUUCAGUUUUCCAUCACACAGGAGAGGCCCCGAGAUCAUACCAGGGGUCGUGUUUGGCUGUGCAAACAACCAACAAGGCUAUUUCAGUAGCAUGGUAACUGGUGUCAUUGGCAUGAACAGAUCUCCGGUCUCAUUGAUCAGCCAAAUGCGCUCGUUGUCAGCGCGUCGCUUCUCCUACUGCUUUCCUCCAAUCAAUUCCCCCGUCAACACCACACGGCUAAGAUUCGGGAGCGACAUUAAGAAAAUUGAAGAUUUACAGGGAACCAGAUUCUUGAGCACCAGAGACUACAGCUAUAGAGUGAAAUUGCUUGGCAUAAGCGUUGCAGGGCGGCGUUUAGACCUACCAAACCGCAGUUUCCCGAGGGGCUGCACAUUAGAUACAGGAUGUGCAGUGAGCAGGAUCGAGACUCGUGUGUAUAGUGAAGUUGAGAGAGUACUAAUACAACAUUUCAAUCGGUUUAAUCUGACCAGACUGCCACCUGGUUCGAUCAGUCGAGGAGAUUUAUGCUAUAGUCCUCGCCCUGGAUUCAUAAAUUACCCAAACAUGACAUUUCAUUUCCAGGGAGCCGAUUACGGCAUUGGGCCCAAAAACCUGUUUCUUUUUCUCGACAACCGAUUCUGCCUGGCCAUGUUUCCAGAUAAGAUAACAAUAUUGGGUGCAUAUCAACAGCAAGAUGUGAGGUUUGUUUAUGAUAUUGGCAAUCAGAAGGUCUUGUUUCGUGAGGAGGAUUGCUCACAGGAUAAAGCUUGA